CGCGCGAGCUUAACGACGCACUCGCGCGCGCGUUAGGAGAUGCCAUGUGGCGGUGGGACCGAUACUACACGCCCGACGAUGUUCAAAGUCUUCACUCUGAUCUCCGACUACAAGGUUUACGGAUCUGCGUCGCAUCCGGUCCGACGACCGGCUCGGAUGAAGCGCGCGAAAAGCUCGUAGGAUUUCAUUCGCUGGCGAAAACGGCGAAAUCGGCCGCUUAAGAUUCCCGCGAGUCUCGCGAUAUCACACGAAGUACUUCUUUUCGGUGAUCGAAGAGUGCGGAAUGUCGAUCAAUUAACGCGUAUGUGUUCGACAUACUGUGGCAGAUAUGCAAUAAUCGUCGCGCAGUGAAAAGAAAAAGAAACACGGAGAACGGUAAAUUAAAUUGAGUAACUUAAACAACGAUCAAGGGAGGAAUCUUGACAGUUUUAGCGAAUCAGAGCGGAAGAGUCCGCACCUUUCGACGGAAUUGGUCAAGAAAGAACUGCAAAGCUAAUAAAGAAGUUGAGGAAGAGUUAAUACCGACUAUCGAGUGCAUCCGUACUUUCAGCGCGACUAGUGAUUCAUCAUUCUUCCGAAAAGGAGGGAAAAGUAAAUUAAAAGCGCUGUCGCGAUUUUGUGACAGAUAGCGAGUCGUUUAAUUUUACUUUUAGAUUAGCUGAUUACUCUGUCUUACAGUCGGUAUUACAAUUUCAAGAGAUCAUACCUUCUGAUAGUUAAAUAGAAGUGAACGAACCGGGUAUAAGUGGUUGUUUGGUGAAGGAUCCAGUGAUCGAGACGCGGGUGAUGUUACUUAAAAGGAAAUUCAACUGAAUUGCGCGCAAUCUCUUUCUCUCGCCGGAAACAAUCCGAAAAACCGCCCGUAACUUCGCCCGUGAUGAGCGAGCGCGAACACGUGGACGAUCGGUGUGCCUCGAGAGCUGUCUCAAGUGAUCGAGUACAGUGAUUGGCGAGACCGUCCGACGAAUCUCGCGUGAAAUGAUGACUCUCGUGACGGACGCGGUGCCCUACGCUUACGAAGCGGUUACGAGGUCGCCCUACGACGGCUACCGUCAUCACUUGCAUCAUCAUCACCAUCACCAUCAUCACCCUCAUCCUCAUCGAUAUCGGCGCGUCUACACGCCGACGGAAUCGGAGUACCUGCAGGGAUACGUUCCCAGGAGGGACGCGGACGAUCGAGCAAGGAUUAUCAGCGCGAACAACGCUUUGGUGUCGGCCGGCUCUUUGAAUUAUCGCAACGACCGCAGCAGGUCGCAGUCUCGAUACACUCUCGAUUCGGACGAUGCGUCGUCAGUGAUAUCGGCGGAUGCUUCGGCGGACCUCGAGUCCGGUUCCGCAGAUGCCGACGAGGCCCACGAGACCAAUGAAACCAACGAAAUCAAUGAGACCAAUGAGACGAAUGAAGCGAACGAAAGCGAGUCGAUCGAGCACGUGCCGCAUCCACACGUUUUGGAUGCUGGCUCGCCGCAUGGACCGCGCAGGUGUCUUCUGUGGGCAUGCAAGGCCUGCAAGAAGAAAACAGUCACCGUCGAUCGAAGGAAGGCUGCGACUUUGCGCGAAAGACGACGCUUAAGAAAGGUUAACGAAGCCUUUGAGGUUCUCAAGAGGAGAACGAGCAACAAUCCUAAUCAGCGCUUACCGAAAGUGGAGAUAUUGCGGAAUGCUAUCGAGUAUAUCGAGAGUCUUGAGGCGCUGCUGCAGGGAAAUCGGCCUUCCGGACACCAGGAUCACUCCACCGCCGACAGCAUGAAUGGAGAGUCGCCGCAGUACGUGACGGACAGGCUUCGGCAAUUCUCGGAUCCUUUGGCAAGGUUUCAACCAAUUAACGGUUUCGAGCAAACCGAGGCAGUGAUUUCGCAAAACAAUGGAAGCAGCUUGGAUUGCCUGAGUAUGAUCGUACAGAGCAUUAACGGGCCAUUGCAACCGUCGUCCGAGAGUCAUUAUUCGUCGCGUCAUUGAGACUGUAGAGUAUCGAAACUUCAUUCUUUCGAAUCAGUCUUUUUUUAGCUUUUACAAUGGCGAUGUGUGUCACUCGAUUUUCAACAGAAUACACAGAUACAGUCAACGCGACUUUUUUUAGAGCAAUCCUACCGUGUUACACGGGGUGUUCUAGAAAUCAUUGAACAUGUAUGUGUUUUCCGCGAUUCGUGAAUAACGAAGACCAAUGUUGAUGAGUUAAUAUUUAAUUUUUAUCAUUUUUUUUUUUUUAGAAAAAUAUUUCAAUUCAAAAUAUUUAAUAUUAAAGAUUACAGAAUUUUAAUAAAAUGCUUGUUUAUAUGAUUUUAUUGUUUCUAGAUUUGAUAAAUUCUUAACUGAGAAAUGCACGAUUUCUGGAACACCGCAUGAAUUGAAAUCGGCCGUCGUAUAAAUUUUAAUGCCGAACGCAUUUGUGCGAUUUUUUGUCGAGAAUUACGGGCAUUGUGAGCGAUUAACAAGUCCAGAAUAUUUGACGAAGGCAUGUAGAGAGAGUAUAGAUUUCCGAUCGUUGUUGAUAAAUCUAUACCAGGUAUUGGAAGUGCCGUGAAAUAGUCAACUAUUUUAUCUAUGCCAAAGAAAAAUAUUUUAAGAGAUAAUUUUAGCCUGCGCGAGCAUAACUUAAGAUAUUAUAGUAGGAAUACAGAGUAGAAGUGAGGGGAAGGAUAAAAAUUCAUGACGGAUUAAAAAUUUGCUAUGAAGCCAUUAUUUUUUGCUAUUUUGCAAUUAUUUUAAUUUUUAAAUCUUUGAAGAUACGAAACGGAUAAUAUUUACGCUUUUAAUGCGGAAUUUCCAAAAGAUAAGUUUCUUUCGACUUGUCUGGUUUUUACGAUGUUCCUUUAGCAAAUGUAAGCUGCAGAACGAUGUAAAUAUUAAAAACAUUUCUCAUGCUUUUAUACUUUUCUGAUUUUCCACGCUUUUUCCCUGUGCAAAUGAAAAUUACUGAAUGAAAUUUACUUUGAAGAACAGUAAAUGUUUUCUUUUUAUUUUCAUCUUUAUAAUUGUAACAUUUCCUCGAUAUAGAGUUUUUAUUUCUUAAUUACAUAUUCAUGAUCGUUUUCUCGCAUUUACAUCGUUUUGCAUUCUCAACUUUAAAAAUACGAAUACAAUUUUUCACAAUGGCAAAAAGUCCAGCUGCCCUAUAAAAGUUUCAUGCGAGACGGUUGUGCCUCGACACGCUCAACAAUUUCUUCGAAACAAAUCGCCAAACUUUUCAUGUGCCUGCGAGCUACUAGCAUAUCGAUCACACGUAGUACGUAAGCGAGCCUCGUCGAUACCGCGAGAUGAUGUAAAUAUGUGGAGCGAUGAAACAAUAAAGAGGAGCGACAGAAAAGCACACGUUGCGAUAUUUCCUUUUGUUUUCGAGCACGUUUGCGCUUGCAAACCGGAUUUUCGAAGCGCUCCCUCGCAUUCCCUUUAGCAAGCUCUCGUCAGAUAGCGGCUGAGAGUCAUUUAUCAGACAGUGGAUAAUUAAUCAGCUAGCUAAACCGCCACCGCGCUGUUGAGGAACGCAUACUUUAACGCUACGUCUCAGCAGCUACGUGCUCGUCAUAUGUGAUUAAUGUCGCCGUUUGUAAACGUUUAACGCGUGUCUGAACAUCUGAAGGCUGAUCGUUUCCACUGAAAUUUUAGUGAUCUCGCGUGACCGAUUUUAAGGAAGAAACGAUCACAGAAAUUUCACUGGAUAAAUCAAUCAUGGAAAUCGCUUAAAAUUGAGAAGCGCCGAAAAGAUUGUCGGGACUACAUUUUCACGAUGCCGACGUCACUUUGGAUUCCGCCAUCCGAGGGAAACGAAAUAAGAUGUCAGCUGUCGCGCCAUCGCUUCCACUUCAAGUGUCACUUCCUCCGCGUUCUUACUUAAACGGAAAUCUCGAGUGCCUUGAGUGUCAUAAAAACUCAUUCUCCUUCUCGCGCCGACGGUGGAUAUUUACGUUGGAGAUUGUAAACUCUCUGUCUCCAAUCUCCUGGAAAUUAUGACGAAUUGUCAAUAGUUGAUCGGUAGCAACGAUUUUAUAGGCGCAAGACACAACAUUAUUGAGCAACGAAAUGUCGCAACGCGACAAUUCUCAAUUUUUUUCACCGCGAAUUAUUCUCGACGGCGACGCCAAUGAAGAUGAAAGAUAAAAUAACGAGCGAGUUGUACGAGCGAAGAAAACAAAUACGCCUGCUUUUAUUUUCCGCCGAGAGUGUUUGCGUCACCUUCAUUCGCGCGAUCCAUUAUCGCUUUACACGCUAUCUGACCGGGUCACGGACAACGAUCGUGUCGUUGAAGACAGCUGAGAUUGCCGCCGAUUUAUGAGAGACACUCGACAGACCAGUCGCUAGCCGUGAAAGCGACACGAGAAAUCGGAGCGGAGGGCUCGGACCGGACAUACUCGGGGGCCGGUAAAUCCGAAAGCACGAAGCACCGGCACAAAGUAUCGGCACGUUUUCAAAACACGGGACGCGUUCCCCGAGGCACGUCGAAUGCAUCUGCGGCCAUUCGUCACGCCGCCGCUAUUAGCGGCAAAUUUAGAAUCGGGGGAAUCUUAUGGGGAUUCCACGCUCCGCUCAAGUUUUUCCCAUGUCCCCUAAGUACCCUCGUAUAUCGGCGCUGUUUUGUCGCAACGGAUCGUCACCCGACGCCCGACAUCGUUCAACGUUUCUAAAAGAUCCUAUAAUGUCGUGUCCUCCUUCUUAAAGACUCUCGCUGUGGAGCGAAGCUCGUGAAAGCCGCCCGAGCUUCAUUAUUCCCGAGCUUUCGCGACCUCGUCGUCGAAGGCGGCCUCACUCGAGCGAGCGCCAAAGGAGCGGAGAAACGAUUACAAUGCAGAUGAGAGGCUGUUUUUUCGAACGCUACAACUUCUAUACCUUCCACGGUGAUUAGUAGUUGCUCUGCGACUAGCUGAUUCACAUAUCGAUCAGUCCUCGCGGCGGGGAUUGCACCGCUUUCGCGCCCCCCGCAGCCGCAAUUCGGAAGCAAUCUAGUUCUCUGUGCUUGUGUUGUUUGUCCCACACGCCCAGAGCGUGAAUGAUCCGAUUUCCUGCUGUAAACGACAUGCGAGGAGACACGUUGCGUCGCUCGGUUCACGAUAUUGAAGGUAUGCUGGAACUUUUAGCUGCACUCUGAAAAAUAAAAGAGAAAAGGAUAAAAAUGCAGACGUAAAAAGAUGUUAAAUGCUAUUUAGAUGCAGAUUUAUCAAUACACUUAUCGAGACGAACAUAUUGAAAUGAUAAUAUAUACCAAUGGUAAUUGUUUAUUUGAUUCCGUUCAGGAUUGCAAAGAUCUUUACUCCUGUUUUCUAUUUCACACAGUUUCCUCACAGACUAAAAACUACUAAAAGGAGACUUACACAAACUAUAUUCCAAUAUUCAUAGAUCAUUAAAAUGAUAAAAAAUCUUAUUUCGUGAAAUCUAAAUAUUACGGAAAUGCAAAUUUGACUUAAUUUUCUAUAGAUGCAUUUAUAAUUGACGAACAGUUCAUCAUUCGAAUAAAUUGAUUCAAGUUAUUAUUUAUAUGCAGCGCUUGAUUAUUCGUCUAAAUUGAAACUUUAGUAAACACGGAAUUUUUCUUUCCCAAUCGAUCGUUUGUUACGCAAUGUCCAGACUCGACCGGGCGGUCGUGACUGUUUGUUCGGACGGUUGUUUCUUUAGCGUAGCAUAUAUUUCCCGUAGCAGAUCCGCGUCGAAUUUCAAAGCGCUUCCUCCCUGUCUUCCCUCCAGCCGAGUAAUCGCGCACGGAAGCUUUCACCGUGCGUUUAAUACGUCGGAAAGCGUUUUCCAGAUGCUCACUCUCGUAAAGCAUUGAAACGGGACCGACGCGUUUGUUCGCACGACGUGUCUCUCUCGCUUGCGAUAAACGUCCGUUCUCGUAAAUGCACAAUAGCGAACGUGUAAUUACUUAUUUAAUCCUUUGAAUGGAACCGCGUUUACGCCAACGAAAUAUCUCGGGCUUGAGGGAAUUCUGCCAUGCAUUCGCGAUCGCAAUCCUUUCUUACAACACUCAUAUCUGCUGCAUUUCUUGGAGGUAUUCUGCAAAAAUUAGAUGUAACUCUGCACAAUUCGUACAUAUACAUAUAUAUUUUUCAAAACGUUAAAUUGCAAAUCUUUGAAAAAAAUUCUGUGAAUAGGAAUUGUAGAAUAAUAGCUGCACAAUCAGCUGUUUCUGAUUACGUUGCUAAUUUGUGUCAGUAUCUUUGAAAUAAAUACAAAUAAAAUUUUAGCAUAAACAAAUUUGUCGAAACAAAGUAUCGAAAAUGAAGUCGAUAUGAUCCUAAUAAUUAUACAGCAACGAUACAAAUGAUAUUCAUGUCUCAAUUAUCUCACUAUCAUCACAUAAAUCGUUAGCAAUUUUAUUCAACGGAAAAGUAAAAAAGAUGUUCCAAUUAUUAUCUAAUGAACCAUGAAGAGAAGCAUUCUAUUGCCAUAAAUUGGCAAUCGUGAUAGUUGAAUAUUAGCAUGUCGUCAUUUUCAUCUACUGCGACUUGUACGACUUGUACGACGAAACAGAGUUUCUUGCAUAGCGUAUGCAAUUCUAAUGCAGUCAGGAAUAUAUAAAUAGUUAAUCCAACGUAUAGUAUAUUGCGAUACAACAUACGACACACAUAUGAGACUGUCACACUUGAAUUUCGGCGCAACAUCUGUUGACCCCCUACAGCGCGUGACCCUUUAGAGCGCUCGGGAACUUCAGUAUCUCGAGGGUCCCUCCCUGUUUGCCGUCUUCGGUAACAAGUGCACACUUCACCACUACCUACCGUAAAGAUGCACCGAUGCACGCCACGUAUCGAAAGCCUUUCCACGAGGUACAAAAAGAAUAGAGAAGUGUCAGUUGGUGAGAGAGAUUGCGGAGCAGCGCAAAGUGCAAAUACUUACAUAAGGAGUUAAAAGUUUUUCUUUAGUAUUGAAAGCAGAUGAUGCACAUUCGCUAUUCUCUUUCGCUUAUCUGUUUCCGCGCAAAUUACUUUAUACAUUUUUUUAUAUAAAAUUAUUGGAUCACGUGGGCGCUGUUCUUUGAUUUUACGAUGAACUUGUUGAAUGCUAAUAAUUUUCAGAAGAACAAAAUAAUUUUUUUAAAAAGUAAUACAUGUUCACGAAUCUAUUCGGCGUUUAAUGGGAGAAUAAUUGAGUGAUAAUUAAAAAUAUGGAACUUGUACCGAUUUCGCGCACAAUCGUCCGCGAUGCCGUCAUCUGCGAUGUCAGUUUUUGCGAUUUCCGAAACGAUAUUUUUAGAGCCCAGCCGUAAUUAGGGGGAGAGCAAUAAAACAUAUACGGAGUUACCCAACAUUAGCCAAAAAUAUCUCUGUCGCGGGUGUAAGAAUAGUUUGGGACGACAUAAAUAUUUUCGGAGUUACUGACCCGUCAAAACUCUCCAGAACUACGUCGAAUGGGCUGAAGUCUUUGUAAGAAUGUAUCGACAUCUCGCAUAGUCCUCCGAAAUAUAAACUCACCAGUUCUGAUUUUACACAACGUAUACACAUUAGUUCGACAUCUCUCAAUUCUAUGCACAAUUUUCUUCUUAUGAACAAUUUUAUUUAAAUACAAAGACUAAGCGUUGUUUUUCAAUAUGAAUUCAUACAUGAAAAAUAUUUUACUCUACUCUAUUGUAUGGAGACAAUAAUGUAUUUCUAUAUACUGAUAGCAUAUGAUUUGAUUGGUUUUUACAUUCUAUUAAAUUAGAAAUUGAUGUUCUUCAAUUGCUUCGCG